AUGUAUAGAAUUCCGGAAGCAGCUGUAAAAACUGUCAAGAAAUAUGCUGAUUAUACCGUUGAAGAAUUGAGCUCAUUGAGUUUGUUAGAACGGAUUAGUUUACAAAACUGGACCAUUGAAUACGUGACCAUUCUGAGUAUCGUUGGUUACAUUGUGUUGUUCUUGUUGGGAUCUUGGUACAACCAAAAGAUCACCAAAAAGUAUUUGACACUGUUGACUCCUUUUUUCACAAAGACCUUCUACCAAUACGGAGUUCAAAAGGAUCAAUUGUAUAUCAAGGAUGUAGCUGAUCACUUUACCUCUUAUGCUACCGGUAGAGCUAACAUUGCUAAGGUUGGUAUCAGUAUCCAAUUGAAGCCUAGACACAAUCUUUUCCUCUGGUCAACUGAAGCCAUCAUGUCCUUCUUCUUUGAUUCUAUCAAGACUCCCGAAGACACCGUUGUGUUUGAUGUUAUUCCAUUCAACAAUUAUGACAACUUUAUCUUUGGUAUUGUGUCCAAGUUGGGUAUGGAUAAGGCUAGAAAGUUAUGCUACUAUCUCUCAUUGACCAGAACUUCUGAUUCUCCAAAGUUACCUGAAUCAUUUGUAUUCAUGAGUGAAGCUAAUGAGUUGCAAGAAAAGCUUUUCACUAAGGAGUUGGAACUGGCUUUGGAUUUAUCUUCCGCUUCUUAUAUCAAGUCCAUUGCCUUCACUGAUCAACCUCAAGAGAGACCCGAGAAGAUCUUAGAUUUGAAACCUUCCAGAAGAGUGGUGAUUCAAACCAAAUUGGUCACUGGUGACGAUCAAUUGGCCCACAUUGGAAAAGUUUUGGAAGCUAUCUUCAAUGUGAUUGAUAAGUUGAGUACCCAGGAAAUUACUCUUAAGCCAGAGACCGCUAAAAAAAUUGUCAGGACUAGGGAAAUCGAGAUUGGAAAGCUCAAGAAGAUUGAAGAGGACGAAAAGCAAGAGAAGUUAGCUGACGAAAAGGCCAGACAAAGAAAAGCUGAACGUGAACAAUUAAGAAAAUUAUCUCCUGAAGAGCAAGAAAAGAUUGAAAAGAAGGCAGCCGAAAAGAGACAAAAGAAGUUGCUCAAAAAACAAAGAAUCAGAGGUUAA